AUGUCGCGAACCACUGAAUAUACCCCGCUGCUGUCGGACCCCACAGCCGAUGAAUUAGGAUCCCCGACUGAUGAACGAUACGCUCCCAUUGUGGAAAGACAUCAAGAACGGUGCACCAAAACCAUCUUCGCUUUGACGUGGAGCUCGGCACUGCUCGCGACCUUCAUCCUUGUUCCGGACCUGACCAUCAUAUUCAUAUUUCUUGCCCGAUUCGGGCAUAUCAUGCCCUGGGCGCCAGAGGGUGCUCUAGUUGCCCUCUUGUGGACGCUCCUGGCGGCCGGACUGAUUACGUUCCUUAAUCUGGCUCGUCUGUAUCUCUGGAACCGACCUAUCUGGCUCUGGUUGAACCUGAUCCUGGACCUCGCCAUCGCCGUAUUCUCAAUCGGUAAUGGUCUAUCGGUGUUAGGCCUCGACGGCUCCGGAUGGGACGCAGACAUACCGCUAUGGUUCAUCCGUAUCGCCCAGGUCGUAUCCUGGUUGGCUGUGGUUUUCGGCAUUGUGUUCAAGGUGCAAUUUAUUCGACAGUCGGACAAUGCCGAAACGUCGCCCGACGCUACUGCCUCUGACACCGGAAUCCAGGCAGAUGUGGCGGCGCAGAGGGUUUGA